AUGGCAACAUUCAAGUCCCCUCCACCUGCAGCAACAUUUCUGGCAUUUCAUCCCCAAGACAGUAACAUCAUAGCAAUUGGCAUGGAUGAUUCAUCUAUCCAAAUAUAUAAUGUCAAGGUUGAUGAGGUCAAAGCCGAGCUCAAAGCUCAUCAGAAAAGGAUAACUGGCCUUGCCUUCUCUAAUAUUCUUAACGUGCUCAUAUCUUCAGGAUCUAAUUCUCAGUUUAAGAAGUUGGCUAAGCAUUGCAUUGUUAAGAAUUUUCUGCCACUGACCCAUCUUUGUUUAACCGGUUGUGUGUUUGGAGCAUUGAUACGUGGAAGAAGAAAACAAGUGAAUACUUGCAAAGCCCACCUGGUUGCUCGGCUGCAUCUCUUGCAGAUACUCAUGUACAAUUUCACCAGGAUCAAACACAUUUACUAG